GCGACAAGGAGAUGCCAACCCAUGAAUCCCCAUUUUGUUAAAUAAACUCAUUUCACUCUUCCCUCUGUAUGCCUGAAUCUGUGUAAAGAGGUCAACACCUAAGAAGAAAACACAGCGGCAGAAUCAGCCAGAAAUCUGAUAUGGAGAAGAAAAACUCAUCAGAAACUGCAGGAAAAGCUAUAACAUGCAAAGCUGCAAUUUGCAAAGAGCCAGGAGAGGCUCUUGUGAUAGAGGAAAUUGAAGUGGCCCCCCCAGAAGCUUGGGAAAUUCGGAUCAAAAUACUAUGCACAUCCCUUUGUCACACUGAUGUGACCUUCUGGAAAAUGAAUGAUGGACCUGAAAGAUCCUUUCCGAAAAUUUUAGGGCACGAGGCGGUCGGUGUUGUUGAGAGUGUGGGAGAGCAUGUGGAGGAAGUGAAAGAAGGAGAUUUGGUGGUUCCAGUGUUUCUUCCGAGCUGCAAGGAAUGCAGGGAUUGCACGUCGACUAAGAGCAACCUUUGCACAAAAUUUGGGAGCAAGUUCUACCAGGGUAUGCCAAGGGAUGGAAGCAGCAGGUUCAGGAAUAUGAAAGGGGAGGUUGUGCACCAUUUCUUGUUUGUUUCAAGCUUUGUGGAAUACACGGUUGUGGACAUAGCCCAUGUUGUGAGGCUCAACCACGAGAUUCCUGCGGAUAAGGCCUGCUUGCUCAGCUGUGGAGUGUCAACAGGAAUAGGAGCGGCAUGGAAGGUGGCAGAGGUGGAGGAGGGAUCUACUGUAGCCAUAUUCGGGCUUGGAGCUGUUGGACUUGCGGUCGCGGAGGGGGCAAGGCUCCGGGGAGCUUCAAAGAUCAUAGGUGUCGAUUUGAAUCCCGAAAAAUUUGAGAUAGGAAAGAAAUUUGGGGUCACCCAUUUCAUUAACCCUACUGCCUGUGGCGAAAAAGCAGUGAGCCAGGUGGUGAAAGAGAUGACAGAUGGGGGUGCUGACUAUUGCUUCGAAUGCAUCGGACUGGCAUCCUUGAUGAAAGAUGCUUUCGAUUGUAGCCGAGAGGGGUGGGGCAAAACAGUGAUACUGGGAGUAGAGAUGCACGGGUCAGAUUUGAAUGUCAACUCUUCUCAAAUUCUCAGAGGCAGAAGUGUCAUGGGCUCCCUGUUUGGAGGACUCAAACCAAAGUCUGACAUUCCCAUUCUCGCAAAAAAAUACAUAGACAAGGAGCUUAGACUGGAUGAAUUCAUCACACAUGAGGUGAACUUCCAGGACAUCAACAAAGCUUUUGAAUUUCAGAGUCAAGGAAAGAGCAUCCGAUGCAUCAUAUGGAUGGACAAAUGAAAUUGGUCCAUUCUAUAAUUAAAGAGAAAGGUUAUUAAUGUUAAGUAGCAUCACAUGCAUAUUGAAUACAAAUCUUACAACUUUAAGCUUUCAAGAAAAUUGAUUAUUUAUCAUAAUAUUAUAACUUGAUUUGAUGGAAGGUCAUAAA